AUGUGGGACACAUUGAUUGUUAUGUAUGAGGGUUGUGCUACUUCUAUGGAGUCUACCAAGACUACUUUAACUAGAAGGUAUGAAAGAUUCUUUGCACAUAAGAAUGAAUCCCUCACUGACACUCAUACCCGAUUCAAUGCACUUGUUAAUGACUUAAUUGCUAUUGACAUACACAAAGAUGAUGAUUUUCUUAAAAGUAAACUUUUAGACUCGUUACCCUUAAAAUGGAAUAAUUAUGUUGCUAGUGUCAAACUAAGUCCUGUGUACGAAGAACUUGACUUACCAGGUCUCUAUGGGUUACUUCACAACCAUGAGUGCACUGAAGCUGAGAAGUUUAUUGGCAUGGGUGAUGUUGUGGGAAGCUCUAGCUCUGCACUUGUUGCAUCUUUAACUGAGCAUCCCAAUCCAUUAUGUAAUGAACUUGUUCCAAGUCAGUUAGUUGAUGAAACUGUUGAAACUGAUAAACCUUGUGGAUCUGAGACUGAAUACUAUUCUAGUGAUGAAAUUGAAAGUUUGGCUGAUGAAGUUGCUUUACUUGUUGAAAGAUUAAAGAGGAGAAGUUUCUCUAAGUUUAAAGGAAAAGGAAGGAGUUUUUCUAAAAGUGACAAACCCAAAAAGCCUUUGGAUAUGUCAAAAAUCACAUGUUACAAAUGUGGUAAGACUGGUCAUAUGGCUAAUGAUUGUAGAUCUAAAACCACUCAAUCCAGUGAUAAAAAUAAACCUAAAAAUAGUGGAAAAGAUGAAAAUGAAAAGAGUCUUGUUGCAAAAGACUGGGCUGAGAGUGCUACUUCAUCUGAUGAUGAAGGCUAUGAAGAUGCUCAAUGCUUCAUGGUUAAAGAGCAGUCUGCCAGAUGCCAGGAUGCUACUGAAAAGCUCCUUGAUGGCAUGACCAAGCUAAGAGAAGAAAGCAGUCAGCUUACUCAAACAGCUCUAUUUGCAUCCGUUGUUCAAGAGGUAUCUCCUUUCCUUUCUCUUUCUAAUGAAGAAAAACUGGCUAAGCUGAACAAACUUGGUGAUGAAGUUCUUUUGCAAAGACAUUUCAAUAAAAUUCAUAAAACAAAAAUUAUGUCUUUAAGAAAUGAAAUUUCAGUACAAACUCAGUUUAUUGAAAAACUUCAGUCAGAUUACAAAGCUUUGCAAAGAGUAAAUGUUUCUCUCUUACAAGAAGCUAAACAAGAUGAUGAAAAGUAUUUGAAAAUCAAACAUAUAACUGAGUCAUGGUGUACUUCUGCUAAAAGAGCUGCCAAGUGUGUUAAUAUUCAAGGACCUCAAUAA